AUGCACCAGACGGAGCCACCAGCAGGUGAUGCCGCGAAGACCGGCGUUUGGCAAUUUUUUUGCUUUCGCCUCUUGGGCACGCACAGGUACCUGCGAAUCUCGAACACUGGGCCUGUUGCUUCAGUCCUCUGUGAUGCCAGCUGGGACCUGUACGAGCUGGAAGUCUCCGACGUUGCCGGGUCGCUGCUGUUCCCCGUUGCAAGCAGCCCAACAGGGUCGGCAAUAGGGCAUCCUGCUUCCUUAGCCGUGGGUGGGUCGCUCUCCACUUUCUGGGCUGGCGGACACGAUGUUGGGCUAGGCUGCCGAUGCUGGUCGGAGGCUAAGAAGGCAGCUCAGUCGCUUCUGCUGGACAUGCGCUCCACAGCUCAGCGCUGGACUACCCGGUCGCUGGUGCGGUGGAUGGCUCCUACUCAGACGUUUUGGGCAGGUGAUCACGACGUGGGCUUGGGCUGCACCUGCUGGCACGACUCCAAGAAGGGAGCGCAAGCCCUCCUUUUGGACUUAUCCACAGAGAUCAACGUGUCAAGAAUCGUGGUCCAUCAAGGGGGGACCGGAGAUCAGUAUGCCGUCUCGGACUUGUGGUUGGAAUGUGGAGAUGGCGCUGGGACUUUUACAGCACCCCUCGAGCUGCCUGUGUCCAGAGAGGCAACUGCUAUCCUCUGCUCCAGCACCGGCUGCCACACGAACCUUUCCGUUCCCUGGGUCGAUGCCUGCAGCAUGGCCACCACCACGACGUUGACCACCCCGCAGAAACCCUGCAAUCCUUGGGAUGGGCCUCGGGGCCUGCAAAGAGCGAAACCCGAACCCUUGUAG